AUGACAAUCACCAAAUAUCCAACCCCCCUCACAACCCAGAUCGAGAACCCUCGACUGAGGCUCCUCAACAAGCUCAAAACAGGCGAAUUCCCACUGUUAACAUUCAUGGCCAUCCCCUCCGUGCGCAUGGCCCAAAUCGUCGCAUUGACCGGCCUCGACGGCAUCAUAAUCGACUGCGAGCACGGCCAUAUCGGAGAUGAUGCGAUGCACAAUUCCGUCGCCGCCAUCUCAUCCCUCGGAGUAUCGCCCAUAAUUCGCAUCCGCGGCCCCGCCCACGACAUCAUCAAGCGUGCGCUUGAUACCGGCGCGCACGGCAUCAUGGUGCCCCAGAUCAACAAUGCCGAGGAAGCGCGGCAAAUUGUCGCUUCGUCCAAGUUCCCGCCGCAGGGCGUGCGCGGGCAAGGUUCUGCUUUUCCCGCUAUUGGUCAUGGUCUUACAACACCUGAGUAUAUGCGGUCUGCAAACGAGACGAUCGUUUCCAUGAUCCAGAUCGAGACUCGCGCGGGUGUUGAGAAUGUCGAGGAUAUUUGUGCUGUGCCAGGCGUGGAUCUCGUCUUUAUCGGUCCUAAUGACCUGGCGCAGUCGUUGUUGGGAUACACGCCUGCGCGCGGAGACGAGCCUGAGUUUGUCGAUGCUGUGGAUAAAAUUAUCACCGCGGCGCGGAAGCAUGGCAAAUGGGCUGGUCGUAUGGUCAAUAACGGCAGUAUGGCGAAGGAGGCUAGGAAGAGGUACGAUAUGGUCGCUAUUACGGGCGACACAAAGGCAAUCCAGAACUGGUAUAUGGCCGAAUUUGAUAUUGCGCGGUCAUGA